AUGUCAUUCAACAAUGGCAUUGUCCAAGAAUACUGGCAUCCAUUGGGUCAGCAAUCAGACGCAGAGAAUGCGGAAAUGCUGAAACAAGUCAACAACCAGAUAGAGAAAAAUGGAAUAGGCCGGCCAAAGGGGUACAAUGUCUCAUGGCACUCGAAUCCAGAUAUCGAAAAGCAUCACUUUGGACAUGCGCAUCCAAUGAAGCCAUGGCGGCUCACUCUGGCCAAAGGGUUAAUCAUGUCAUAUGGCAUGCAUGCUGCGAUGGAUACUUUUGUCUCGAGGCAGGCUACGAGGGAGGAACUAGAAGACUUUCAUAGCGACGAAUACCUUGACUACCUAAAAACAGCCAAGGUGGCAGCUCCAAUCGACGAUAUUCCAGUAGACUUCAACCUUGGUGGAUCGGAUUGUCCUAUCUUUGAAGGCUUAUUCAACUACUGCUCAAUGUAUGCUGGAGCCUCGAUUGAUGCAGCACGAAAACUUUGCAACAACGAAUCUGAUAUCGCCAUUAAUUGGUCGGGCGGCCUACAUCACGCCAAAAAGGCCGAGGCAUCCGGAUUCUGCUAUGUGAAUGAUAUUGUUUUAGCAAUACUGCAAUUACUGAGAAAGCACCCUCGGGUGUUAUAUAUUGAUAUUGAUGUACAUCACGGAGACGGUGUCGAAGAAGCAUUUUGGUCCACGGACCGAGUAAUGACACUCUCCAUACACAAAUACGAUGGACUAAAUUUCUUCCCUGGAACAGGUGAUCUCGACAGGACAGGACCAGACAGCGAAGAAAACCCAGGUGCCCAUCACGCCGUCAAUGUCCCCUUAGCAGAUGGUAUUGACGACGAACAAUACGUUUGGCUCUUCAAAACCAUUGUGGGAAUGUGUGUAGAGCGCUUCCAACCCACAGCAAUAGUGUUACAAUGCGGCGCCGAUUCUCUGGCUGGGGAUAGACUAGGUCGAUUCAACGUCCAAGUCCAAGGCCACGGCUCAUGCGUCUCCUACUGCAAAUCCCUCAACAUCCCUCUCCUCCUCGUCGGCGGCGGUGGUUACACCCCUCGAAACGUCGCUCGCGCAUGGGCACAUGAAACCAGCAUCGCCAUCGGCUGCGACGCGACCUUAGAUCCCAUCAUCCCCAUGCACACACCCUACCGACAACACUUCCGCUACGACACCAUCUUCCCGACCUUGGAACAGAUCCUCGCAGGCGAAAACCGCCCCAAUCGCAACCCGGACAAGAAGAUCCGGGAGAUCAUUGCGUCGGUGACGGAGCAGUUGCGGUUUGUCAAUUGUGCCCCGAGUGUGCAGAUGACGAGUAUUCCACCUGAUCUUACGUCUUUCAAGGAUGAUGUUGAGGAUCGGCUGAGGGAGGAGAAGGAGGAGUAUGAUAAGGAGUCGAGGAGGAAUAAAGAGCAAGGUCUUGGGGUGCCGAUGGAGUAUUGA